AUGAUGAAAGGUUUGAUGGGGGAUGAGAAUAUGUCCAAUUUGACCUGUGCAUCUGGUGAUUUAAGUGCUUCCAAUUCAAGUAUCAGAAAUGAGUCAUCAUCAGCUGGCACACUGUACCCUCAGCAGCAAUCCUCAUCAGCAAAUGAUAUUCAGCAGCCGCAGCAGCCACCACCGCCAAAGAAGAAGAGAAAUCUUCCAGGCAACCCAGACCCAGAUGCUGAAGUGAUAGCCUUGUCUCCCAAAUCACUCAUGGCAACAAAUAGAUUCCUAUGUGAGAUCUGCAACAAAGGUUUUCAGAGAGAACAGAACCUUCAGCUUCAUAGAAGAGGGCACAAUUUGCCAUGGAAGCUAAAACAAAGGACAAACAAGGAGGUGAGGAAGAAGGUGUAUCUGUGCCCAGAACCAACAUGUGUCCACCAUGACCCAUCAAGGGCACUUGGGGACCUCACCGGGAUCAAGAAGCACUUCUGUAGAAAGCAUGGUGAGAAGAAGUGGAAGUGUGAGAAAUGCUCAAAGCGCUAUGCGGUUCAGUCAGAUUGGAAAGCUCACUCCAAGAUCUGUGGCACAAGGGAGUAUAGAUGUGACUGUGGAACCCUUUUCUCUAGGAGGGACAGUUUCAUCACCCACAGAGCCUUCUGUGAUGCUUUAGCACAAGAGAACAGUACAAGCACUGCAGCUAGAUCAGCAAUGCCAGCUUCAAUAAACCCUCUUCUCUCCUCUCUCCCCCAACUCCAUACCCAUGGCCUCCAAGGUCUCUCAGUGAAGAGAGAGCAAGACCAGCAGCAGCAGCUACUUCCGCCAUGGCUCUCUUGCUUGCCCGAAGGCGAAGCCACCGCUCCAUCCGGCCUUCCUUCCAUGAACAUGUCCUCACCAUUAUUCUCCGCUUCCUCAUUCCAGCACUAUUAUUCUUUUGAUCAUCAAAACCCUAACCCUAGCAGCAGCUCCACCACCACACUCCCUGAUUUCCAGCAACCCCAUACAGCUUCUCCUCACAUGUCUGCCACUGCUUUGCUUCAAAAGGCUUCAGAGAUGGGUGCCACAAUCAGCAAGCCUUCCCAUUCCCCAAUGUUUCUCAAACCACCCAGCCACCAAGCUCACGUGUCCAAUGAAGCAUUCGAUGAUGGGUUUGGGAGCAAUGAUAAUAAAUCUUCUCUUUUGCAUGAUAUGAUGAUGAUGAGUAAUAGCUUUGGAGAUCAACAAGUUUCAUCAGCGUUUGGAGAUCAUCGCCAGGCUUUCAAUGGGAUUAUGGUGGACGGUAAUAAUAAUUUUGUUGAGAUUAACAACAAUAAUAAUAAUAUUAAUCCUCCGAAGAAUUACAAAAGCAUGGAAUUAGCGCAACUUGGGAGGAGUGGUACUGAUAACAACAAUAACGAUGAGGGCUUGACAAGAGAUUUCUUGGGUCUUCGAGCACCAUUUUCUUCAUCCGCGGCGGCGGCAGCAGCAGCAUCCCAUGGCCAUGGGGACUUUUUCAAUAUUAAUAUGGCCGGGCUUAAUCACCAUGUCAAUUCUUCUUCUUCUUCAGCUUACAAUGGACAGCAGAGUGAUCACCAGAACCAAACAUCAUGGCAAGUUUUUGAGCAGAAUGUGAUGAUAAAGCCUAUGAGGGCGCUGAGAAAAGAUUCGAGAACAGUACUGCACAGCACUGAUCAGUGA